AUGGGUGUUCCCCCCCCCUUGCUCACAACUCGGGGAGGCUGCAAGGAAGGAAACACCCCACCUACCCCGCACAGCCCAGCACACGGGCUCCCGGGCGGUGGCACUGAGGGUGCUGCGCCGUCUUUCCAGAUCCGCGGCGCCCUGAACGCAGUCAGGAGCCUUGUUGAGGAAAGCGAGCGCGCUGGAGGGGGGCUGCCCCGGGCUGUCGUGACGCACAGCAGUGGGAAUCACGGGCAGGCGCUCGCCUGUGCUGCCCAGGCGGAAGGGAUUCCUGCCUACAUUGCGGUGCCCUGGACAGCCCCGCGCUGUAAGCAAGCCGCCAUCCGCGCCUACGGUGCCACGCUGGUGCCGUGCGAGCCCAGCGACAAGUCCAGAGCCGAGACGGCAGCUCGCAUAGUCCAGGAGACAGGAGGAGUCAUGGUGCACCCCAACCAGGAGCUGGCGGUGAUCGCGGGGCAAGGCACUAUCGCCCUGGAGGUGCUGGAGCAGGCGCCCGAGGUAAAUGCAGUGGUGGUUCCCGUCGGAGGCGGAGGAAUGAUUGCAGGAAUAGCAGUUGCCAUCAAGGCUUUGAGACCAGAUGUGAAAGUGUUUGCUGCUGAGCCGCGCAACGCGGAUGACUGUUACCAGUCCAAGGUAAGAGGGGAACUGACCCCCAACCUUCACCCGCCGGAUACCAUCGCAGAUGCAGUUAAAACCAGCAUCGGACCAAACACGUGGCCCAUCAUCAGGGAUUUGGUUGAUGACGUCCUGACAGUCUCGGAGGAAGAAAUCAAGCGAGCCACGCGGCUGGUGUGGGAAAGGAUGAAGCUGCUGAUUGAGCCAACAGCGGGUGUGGGAGUGGCAGCUGUGCUCUCGGAGCAGUUCCAGGCAGUCCCCCGGGACGUGGAGAACGUUUGCGUCGUGCUGUGCGGGGGAAACGUGGACCUGAGCUCCCUGACCUGGCUCACAGACCUCUCUGGGAAAGCGGAAUGAGAACGGAGCGGUGUCUCAAACAACGGAAACCUCACUCUGAAUUUCUACAGUCUGGUUUGUGCGCUACUAAAAACAGAUGAGCAACCCCAAA